UCUGGCUUAAGUGGGUCCUGGGGAAUGAACCUGGGACCUUGGGCUUUGCAGAUUUGAUAAUGGGCUGCAUUAAAAGUAAAGAAAACAAAAGUCCAGCCAUCAAGUACACGACUGAAAACCCUCCAGAGCCCAUCAGUCCAAGUGUCAGCCACUACGGAGCAGAGCCCACCGCAGCCUCUCCGUCGUCCGCCGCCAAGGGAGCGCCCGCCACCUUCAGCAGUCUGUCCAUAACGCCAUUUGGAGGAUCCUCAGGAGUGACUCCUUUUGGAGGAACAUCUUCCACGUUCUCAGUGGUGCCAAGUUCGUAUCCUCCUGGUUUAACAGGUGGUGUUACUAUAUUUGUGGCCUUAUAUGAUUAUGAAGCUAGAACUACAGAAGACCUUUCAUUCAAGAAGGGUGAAAGAUUUCAAAUAAUUAACAAUACGGAAGGAGACUGGUGGGAAGCAAGAUCGAUCGCUACGGGAAAGAACGGUUAUAUCCCCAGCAACUAUGUAGCGCCUGCUGAUUCCAUUCAGGCAGAAGAGUGGUAUUUUGGCAAAAUGGGGAGAAAAGAUGCUGAAAGACUACUUCUGAAUCCUGGGAAUCAGCGUGGUAUAUUCUUAGUAAGAGAAAGCGAAACUACUAAAGGUGCUUAUUCCCUCUCUAUUCGUGAUUGGGAUGAGGUAAGGGGGGACAAUGUGAAACACUACAAAAUCAGGAAACUCGACAACGGUGGAUACUAUAUCACAACCAGAGCACAAUUUGAUACACUACAGAAAUUGGUGAAGCACUACACAGAACAUGCUGAUGGUUUGUGCCACAAGUUAACAACUGUGUGUCCAACUGUGAAACCCCAGACUCAAGGUCUAGCCAAAGAUGCUUGGGAAAUCCCUCGAGAGUCGUUGCGGCUAGAGGUUAAACUAGGCCAAGGAUGUUUUGGUGAAGUAUGGAUGGGAACAUGGAAUGGAACUACGAAGGUGGCCAUCAAAACACUCAAACCAGGUACAAUGAUGCCCGAAGCUUUUCUUCAAGAAGCUCAGAUAAUGAAAAAGUUAAGACAUGAUAAGCUUGUUCCGCUGUAUGCUGUUGUUUCUGAAGAGCCAAUUUACAUUGUCACUGAAUUUAUGUCCAAAGGAAGCUUGCUAGAUUUUCUUAAGGAAGGAGAUGGAAAAUACUUGAAGCUUCCACAGCUGGUCGAUAUGGCUGCUCAGAUUGCUGAUGGUAUGGCAUAUAUUGAAAGAAUGAACUAUAUUCACCGAGAUCUUCGGGCUGCUAAUAUUCUUGUAGGAGAAAACCUCGUAUGCAAAAUAGCAGAUUUUGGCUUAGCAAGAUUAAUAGAAGACAAUGAAUACACGGCAAGACAAGGUGCAAAGUUUCCAAUCAAAUGGACAGCUCCUGAGGCUGCACUGUAUGGUCGAUUUACAAUAAAGUCGGACGUCUGGUCAUUUGGAAUUCUCCAGACAGAACUGGUAACAAAGGGGAGAGUACCGUAUCCAGGGAUGGUGAACCGUGAAGUGCUGGAACAGGUGGAACGAGGCUACAGGAUGCCCUGCCCUCAGGGCUGUCCAGAGUCCCUCCACGAGUUAAUGAAUCUUUGUUGGAAGAAGGACCCCGAUGAAAGACCAACAUUUGAAUAUAUUCAGUCGUUCUUGGAAGACUACUUCACUGCGACAGAGCCACAGUACCAACCAGGAGAAAAUUUAUAAUCCAAGUAGCCUAUUGUGUGCACAAAUCUGCUCAAACAUACUGAACGUUUGUGGGGUUCCUCACAGACAGGAAUCAGGAGAAGAUAAUCUUCAGUCUGCAUGUUUUUAAUGGUAAACUGGAAUUACAGACAUGGUUGCACAAAACCACUUUCCCCCCAAGUGUUAAACUCUAUAAAGUACCAGUGAGGCAUUUUCCAACUUCUUCCAGGGUCCAAAGACAACAGAGGUGAGACUCUGCUGGUGUGAUGUGAGCAUGGCAAGGACGAACAAGACCACUGUUGGUCGACAAGCCACUCCUUCUCUUCUUCCCCAGACUCAGAAUCCUUACAGAAAACUGUUCAUUGUUAGUGACAAAAUUUAGGAGGUUAUACCACAGUAAAAUCUAAAAUUAGGAUUCUUGAUGGGACCAAAUAAUUCCAUUCCAAGUUUUUAAAAUGUCUUGCAUUGAUCUUGAAGGUUUUUCUGUGUUGAACAGUCAACAUGCAAUCUUAGCAUAUGCCUCCUUCUGUGUGGAAAUGGGCCAGGCUUUUCUAAAGCAAAACAUAGAUUAUAAACAGCAUUUAAAUGUGAUUAAAUGUUAGACCACAGCUGUGGUAUUUGAAAGUAUAAUGCACUGUUCAUACUCAUAUUAAUAGAACUGGAAAGUAGAAAAAGAAAUUUUUCACUUCAGUCAUUUUUUUUAAUUGUUCAAUGUAAGAUAAUGAAGGCAACUAGUAAGUGAGUUAAUCUCUUGUAAGGUUGCAUUGAUUUUCCUAAAGGCAGUAUGUAAUUGAAAAUAUACUAUCUAAUCUGAGGGCAUCUCUUAAUUUUUAGAUAGCAUGAAAGGUAAAACCCAGCAUUUAAGCAGUCCAUUUAAAAAAAAUAGACUUGGUACUGUGAGAUGUUGCUGAUAGGUUCUUCUGGUGAUGGGUGCCACACAUAGAAAGUGUCACUAGAUCAGGGACUUGAAUGCACUUUGAGCUUGUUUUUGAAUAUAGAGUAGGAGAAAGGAAAAUGUAUUUAGAAGAAUUAUGAGAAAAGAAAAUGUGAAAGUUUUACAGGCAGAGGGAUGGGUGGAAUACAAUGUUUGGUGUUGAUAUGGACAGGCAGCAUGGCCUUGCUGGCAUGCAAAACUCCUCACAUGGCGGUUUGCUUAGACUUUAAGAGCUAUCAGGUAUGACUGUCACACUAAGUUUUGUUAACAUACACACUACAUAAAUGUUCCAUCCUCAAAAUAGUGAAGAGAAGUCUUUACUAAUUCCAGUUGACCCAGCUUUUAUACAGAACCUUCUUAGAACUCCACUGUUCAAAACCCCGUUUGAGUCUUCCCUUCUAUCUUAAUGGUUGUCAUUUUUCCCUUUUGGAAUGGAGUUGAUUUGAGGAGGUAACCGUAUUCUGAGAAACUAACUUAGAAGAGGGAAGUAUUGGUCAAUUUAAAAUUCACAAGUAAAACAUACAAAAAAAAAAACCUGGUUUUCCAGACUAAAAUUCUGAAAUGAAUUUGAAUAGCA